AUGAGGCUGACACCUUUCAGCUUAUCGACUGGCAGCUCCUUUAGGUAUUCUACACGGCUAAAGAAGAAAAUCUUUGGCACAGCUCCAGCCUUGAGAGCGUCUGCGAUGAGCCUGCGACCCUCCAGCAGGAUCUUCCCUUGUUUUUCCCGAAAUGGCCUGGACUUGACUAUUGUCAUCACACUGCUGUAGAUGGAAAUAAAAAGGCAGCCUCCUGUCCCCAGGAAGAGCCUUAUCGUAGCGAAGCCCAGACUCUUCCCAGGUGCUGGGAGUGUGGGAUGGGGACACCUCAAGCGGCUGUUUCUCUUGUGGCUUGUGGGCACUGGCUUCGGAUGCUGCUUGCGCGGCUGCUUCCCAGGAGCGCGCUUCCGUUCCACCACCUCUCCGGAAGGAAACGCCACUUUCACUGGGCUCCGCCGCAGUGCUCGGACCCAGCGCCUCGCGCAAGGUCCCAAGCCUGGACCACCUGCAGCAACGGUAGCAAUGCAAACCGCGCGGGUUUCCUCAGCGCGGCCAUCUUCCCCGAGACCUGGGCUGCGUCACGAAAGCGCGCCGUCGGCGACCAGUGACGUCACGGUCCAGCGCGCCCCCUGUGGGCGGGGCGCUGCCGCGCGGGUGACCAUUGCGCGCGGCCGGGGUCAUGGCUACUCGCAGGCUCUGCAUUUCGUUUUCAAAGUGGGAAAUCGCUUCCAGACGGCGCGUUUCUACCGGGACGUCCUGGGGAUGAAGGUUCUGCGGCAUGAGGAAUUUGAAGAAGGCUGCAAAGCUGCCUGUAAUGGGCCUUAUGAUGGGAAAUGGAGUAAAACAAUGGUGGGAUUUGGGCCUGAGGAUGACCAUUUUGUUGCAGAACUGACUUACAAUUAUGGCAUCGGAGACUACAAGCUUGGCAAUGACUUUAUGGGUCUCACAGUCGCUUCUAGCCAGGCUGUCAGCAAUGCCAGGAAGCUGGGGUGGCCGCUGACAGAAGUUGCAGAAGGUGUUUUUGAAACCGAGGCCCCAGGAGGAUAUAAGUUCUAUUUGCAGAAUUGCAGCCUACCUCAGUCAGAUCCUGUAUUAAAAGUAACUCUAGCAGUGUCUGAUCUUCAGAAGUCCUUGAACUACUGGUGUAAUCUACUGGGCAUGAAAAUUUAUGAAAAAGAUGAAGAAAAGCAAAGGGCUUUGCUGGGCUAUGCUGAUAACCAGUGUAAGCUGGAGCUACAGGGCGUGAAGGGUGCGGUGGACCAUGCAGCAGCAUUUGGAAGAAUUGCCUUCUCUUGCCCCCAGAAAGAGUUACCAGGCUUAGAAGAUUUGAUGAAAAGGGAGAAGCAGAAGAUUCUGACGCCCCUGGUGAGCCUGGAUACCCCGGGGAAAGCAACAGUGCAGGUGGUCAUUCUGGCCGACCCUGAUGGACAUGAAAUUUGCUUUGUUGGGGAUGAAGCAUUUCGAGAACUUUCUAAGAUGGAUCCAGAGGGAAGCAGAUUGUUAGAUGAUGCAAUGGCAGCAGAUAAAAGUGAUGAGUGGUUUGCUAAACACAGUAAACCUAAAGCUUCAGGUUAAUGGAAGCCAUCUUGCGGAGCAAGCAUUUGUGAUUACUUCCCAGUACCUGUGAGGCCUGACCUGUCUGUUCCUGAUAAGUGCUCUUCUAAUUUGUUUCCCGUACAGGCAAGGAGGCUUUGUGUAUUUUAGUCUUUGGAAGCUGUGGUAUAUUUUAGAAAUGAAAUCCAAUCAUUAGUCCAGUUAGAGAAUGCCUGCUGUAAUCUGCACUGGUGCUGCACGUUCUCUAUAUAACUAUACUAGGUUAGUAAUAGAUUAUUUUCCAGACUAGGACGGCUGCAUGAAACAUGACUUUGCUUGGGAUUGCAGAUGGUUAGGACGAACUCAGAAUCAUGUAGAUUUGAUGAGAGCAGCUGUUCAGGAAAUCCAAAUUAAUUGCUUGUGAUGGUACCAUUCCCAGCACCUGAUGAUAUACAUGCUGUUCUAAUAUCUUACUCUGGCAGGUUUUGACAUUUUAAAUUUUUUUAAAGAAAUUUUAUUCCUUGGACCAAAAGAUUUGGUUAACCACCCCCAUCUUACUUGCUUUUACAUUUUGAGUGUCCAGAGAAAACAGACAGAAGGGAUAGAGUCUGUUGUGUUGCUGCUCACCUGCCUCUCUGCUAGCCUCUUUCUGUGUCUAUUUUUAAUCCCGACAGAACAUCACAUGAGAUUUCUUAAAAAUGGAUUAAACCAUUUCUUCAGCCUGAAAAAAAGAUUUUAAAAAUGUUUCCUUGUAGCUUUGUUUGGUUCUAUACAACAAAUAGGUUGCAAUCACUGGAAAUUAUACUGUGUAUUCAUUGAAUAAUUAAAUUUUUUUUGAAAGUAA